GUUCAGGUUCUCUGUGAACUACUUUGUUAAAUUUGUAAUUUCUAAUAAUGGCACUAUAUUCUGAGUAAUAUGAUUUAAGAUAUCAAGUUUUAAUCGAUUUAAAAGAGUGAUUUUACAAAAUGGAUAAAUUUUGUCGAGGAUGUUUAGUACGGUACGAAGAACCUGCAGAGCUUUUGCAGUACACUGAGAAAAACCGAAGGUUGUUUGUUUACUGCACCGGUUUACAGGUGAAACGCACAGACACUUUCACAUUCCAACUAUGCAGGGGUUGUUACGUGAACAUGAAAGCGGCCUGCAACUUCAAGAAGCAGUGCCGCAACUCCGACAGGCUGUUCAAAAGCUACCAGGGUCUCAAAGAUAAUGAGGAGAAUGUAGAUUUGAGCACAUUCCUUAAGAAUCAUGAUGAUUCUUGGAGUUUUAGAUUCCCUGGAAGCAGUACACCAGCUUACCAAAGGGUUAGAGAUGAUGACAAUGAAUCUACAACCACAAGCAUCCGUAACUUUAUGAACGACAUAAUGCCUGACGACGACCUGCCGGACACAGAGGCCCGGAUUAUCAAGGAGGUCAUAGACGAGGAGGCAGAUGUGUUGGACGACUCGUUGGACUCGCAUUGGCUGCAGGACGACGCGUCCAUCGACUCGGACUUUAGACUCGAUUUUAGUUUCAGCCCUUUCUCUACACCGCGUCCUGUAAACAACGACCGCUACGCACCAAAGAAACAGACAGAAAUAAAAACUGAAAAAACAAAAGAAGCCAAGUCUAUUAGCACCACACUUCUAGACAGACUUCUAGAUAAACCAGAUACACCAAAAUUUCUAGACAACUUUAACAUUCCAAAAGCUCUAAAUGAUCUGGAUAUGCCACUAAUAGAUGACGGGUCAAAUUCAUUGCCACCAAUGACAGAAGAGUCAAACCAAGCUCCUAAACCUCCACCAAUAAUAGAAAACUUAAACCAGGACUCAAUGCUACAAAUAUCAAUAAAACAAGAAAGAAAUUUAGAUGAAACUAUGGAUUCCUUGGAUGUUGUCAAUGAAUUUUUGAAGUAUGAAAGCGAAAAUCACGUCGAGGAGACAGAAACACAAUGUACUAUAGAUAGAAAUUUAGAGGAUGCUUUAAAGAAUACGGAUAACAAGGAAUUCUCGUUGGACGAGUUGCUAGUCUCACCUAAAGUAACACCAGAUAUAAAAUCGCCAGCGACACCAUUCAUAAAUAAUCUUUUAUUCAGCGAAAAACUAGACAUAGACGAAAAUAGCAACAGCUCACAAAAAUACAAAUACGGCCAAUCCAUAGAAACAUUCGAAAACGUCAGAGGCGAAGUGGAAAUUGUGGAAGAAUUUCCAGGAAAUAUUGAUAUAAAGUUAGAAGACGAUAUAGAUUUAGAAGAACUAAAGACUGAAAUAUUAGAUGAAUUAGAUAAAGAAACGAAUCAGGAGAAGGAAAAUAAUUUCAACAUAACUAAUUUCUACUGUAACAUGUGUCAGAAGAAAUUUGUGAGCUUAAGGGGGUUACAACGACAUUCUAAAAUGAAACACUCGACGCAAGUGAGACCGCAAAGGAUAUUGAUAUGCGAUUAUUGUGGGAGCCAAUGGAACAAUAGAACUAACUUUGUGAGGCAUCUUAAAAGUCAUCAGCGUUCGUCUUCUACCAAUCUCGAGUGUGAUGUUUGCAACACGAAGUUUCGUACACCAGACGCCCUUAAUAAACACAAGAGAACGCACACUGGGGAGAAGUAUGUGCCCAGACCGAACAAAAAGAGAUUCGUGUGUAUGGAGUGCGGAGCGACGACGGACAAGGCCAGCAACCACGCGGUGCACAUGAUGCGCCAUAACAAGGACUACAAGCACAAGUGUCCCGAGUGCUCCAAGGGAUUCUACCGGCUCGCGGAGCUGACUACACACAUGAGGUAUCAUACCGGCGAGAGGCCGUUCAAGUGCCAACACUGUCCCAAGAGCUUCGUGCGCAGAGACAUCCUCACUAAACAUACCAAACACCAUUUAGACCUAAGGCCAUUUAAAUGCGUUUACUGCAAAAGCCGCUUCCUCAAUAACUACAACUUGAAGAACCACCUAAAGACAUCUACACGCUGUACAAAAGACAGAGAAACAGUCGCUAAGAACCAGAGAGAAUUCGAAGAGAAUACCCCCACGAAUACUAUAGUUACAGAAGAGAUAAUUCAGAAGGAAGUAGAGAGGAGAGUCAACAUCGUCCUUUAGAAGGGCUUUACAUGGAAAUGUAAAGGAUUAGUCCUUGUUGAAGUUGUGAUAUAAUAUAUAUAGAAUUUCUACCU